AUGUGUGGCCCAAGAAAAAAGUUGCUUAAGAGAAAAUUUCCUCUGGUCGGGGGAAAAGAGAAGUUGUACAGAAUCCUCGGUGAAAUACGAUGUCAUUGAGGCUUUGUGCAUUCACGAUUGGUCCAAGUGAUGAGCUGCACGUGCUCGAUACACGAUAGAGGACACGUCAGGCGGCUCUUGAGUCUCACUAUUCCAGUUUUCCAGUAUUUCUUCCGUUGUGCUGGCAGGCUAGGCAACGCUAUAAGCCCAUCUGGGUAUCUCUCGUCUUCCCCCUCCUCCUGGCUAUUUCUCAUCGGUCUGGUCAAAAUGGCAUCUCCAAGGACGACAAAUCGACCAGGGUCACCUUCGCUCUUGGACAAACUCGAUGAACUCGUUCCGGCACCUCUAGCUCAGUAUGACGCUUUUCCAAAGCUACCGUCGACGUAUAGAGCACGGUCAGAGUCUAGGGGCUUUCUGACACUCUUUGUCGGCUUCCUGGCAUUCUUACUGGUCGUCAAUGAUCUCAGUGAAUACAUUUGGGGAUGGCCGGAUUAUGAGUUUAGCGUGGAUCCAGAUGCAGGGAACGACAUGGACAUAAAUGUUGAUCUGGUGGUCAAUAUGCCUUGUCAAUGUGAGUCACAGCUCCAAGCGUCGUUACUCAGGGUUUGCGGGAGCAGUGUAAUGCAACUGCUGUAGCCUCGCAGGCCAUCACCAUCCUUUUCUUCGAGACACCCCAUGCGCACUGAUAUUUUUCUCGGGCCCGAAACCACUUCGGAAAGUAGAGCACUGCACUGACACCGAGUUUCCCUUAGUUCUGUCUGUGGAUCUGAGAGAUGCGGUCGGCGACCGACUGUAUCUAAGCGACGGCUUCCGUAGAGAUGGCACCUUGUUUGACGUUGGACAGGCUACAACACUUCAGGAGCAUGCGGCUGCGUUGUCUGCUCAACAGGCAGUCGCGCAGUCGCGCAAUUCUCGAGGCUUUUUUGACGCAUUCUUCCGUAAAUCCAAGCCUGCCUACAUGCCUACGUACAAUUAUCAGCCGUCUGGUACUGCUUGCAGAGUUUACGGUACAAUUCCGGUGAAGAAAGUGACAGCAAAUCUUCACAUCACGACCCUUGGUCAUGGUUACGCUAGCGCUCAGCAUGUUGACCACAAGUUGAUGAAUCUCUCACAUGUGAUCACUGAAUUCUCGUUCGGUCCAUACUUUCCCGACAUCACACAACCCUUAGACAAUUCCUUCGAAUUAACCGAUCAACCCUUCGUGGCGUACCAGUACUUCUUACACGUUGUGCCAACGACGUAUAUCGCACCACGGUCGAAACCUCUGAACACACAUCAAUACAGUGUGACUCACUAUACACGGAUAUUGGAACACAAUCGAGGUGUUCCAGGAAUAUUUUUCAAAUUUGACCUUGAGCCACUGAAGUUGACCAUUCACCAACGGACAACAAGCUUUAUACAGCUUUUCAUCAGAUGCGUAGGUGUCAUUGGCGGCGUGUUCGUCUGCAUGGGAUAUGCUGUUAGGGUUGGCACUCGCGCAGUAGACGUCGUGACAGGUGCAGAUAAAACUCCCGGAAUCGUCGCGGCAGAAGCUUCGGGAGUAGGCGGUCUUCGCAAGAAAUGGGGAGGAGGUGAACUUCGUUCACGUGUAGUCAGACAGGGCUCAGGAUGGGCUGUCGAAGGUGGUGGCUCUGCUUAUAGCAGUUAUGCCAACACGCCUGUCACCGGUAAUUUCUCGCAUCCACCAUCACCAUACAUUUCUAGUCCUUUCUCUGCCAAUGGGGCACAUUCCCCAUCAACAGUAGUGGGUCUCAGUCCGAACCCAGCGACAGGAUAUGGUCUAGGCCUCAACUCUCCUUCGUUCGGUCCCUCUCCACGCGUCCCUCCUUCAGCACCUGCGAGUUCGAUGGCAACCGGCUUUCCAACCGCUGCGACCCUGAGUCCGGCUUAUAGGCCUGUGUCACCUGCAUCAUCGAACUACUCGCAUUUCCCUCCGACCCCGAACCCGAGUAAUGGCGGCGUCAAUGGGUUCCCGCGUUCACCGCUGCCAACUUCCCCUGGCUUUACAUCUUUACAUCCACCUCCACCAAGGAGGGAUAGCAGCGCAAAGGGGAAUGGUCAUGCUCCAAAGAAGGAUGAUUGAUGAACGAACAAUGGGGUGGAAUGUGGAGAUUGUCUUUCCUUCUUGGUAUGGCUAGUUCGAGAUAAACUUAUCGUGUAGCUUCUACACAAUGCACCUCGCUCUCACUGUAUUCAUAUCGUUUCUGUGUUUUCUACAUUCAGAUUUCGCGGCGUCAACCUUGACUGAUAGAUGUGAUGUCGACGAUAGCAACAGGACUUCGCAACUUACAGAGGGCGGCCGUGCAAACACUAUCAGGAAGUGGAGAAGCGGUUUGAAAGAAGUUACGUGCACUGGUAUAGGAUCCGCGAUCAUCGUGGCAAACAAACAACCCUCCACCAAGCUGUUGGGUGCCUGGGGAAUUUUCACGUCAGGGCUAGCGGCCAUCAAGUGAUACGACCAUAAUGGUGCUGAGUGCAUAAUGUAAGGGACUCAUCGAGCUUUACGAGGACUCUCGACUUUAUACAUGACACGGGGCUGAAGUCCUAUUACUCCACCUCCUCGCCCAUCCCAACCAGGAAUGGGUGCACGACAUACGGGACAUCUUCGGACAGUGAGAUCCGGAG